AUGUCCUCACUGUUCAAACCAGCCAAACAAAAGAAGACGCCAAAUUCAUCUCCUUCGGGUCCAUCACAACCUUCUGGUAUCUCUGAGGAUUCGAGCACUAACUCGAAGUACCAGACAGCCUGCGAUAAUCUGAUCGGCGCCACCAAAGUGGUCAAAGCGAUAACCGAGGCGGCUUCAUUCCUCGGACCAUUGAAGUCCACAUGUGAAGUUGUGAUUCUAUUUCUGGAAAAGACCAAGGCAGUCAACGAGAAUAUGGAAGGUCUCAAGACUUUGGCUAACAUGCUCAGGUCUCAUAUCGACGCACUCGAGCGUUCGUGGCUCGUCCUACAAGAAAAACAGGACGAGCCACUGUCGACUGGACAGCAAGAUUUCAUCCAGGCCCUGAACGGCUACAUCAAGGAGAAGGGUGCCAAAGGGCUCUUCAAGAAAAAGGGCUCUUCUCGCAUCGAACCUGGGGUACUGGCAGCAUAUCGAGAGGAGAUUAUGCAAUACUCGAAAGCAUUCGAUGAGGCGACAGUAGUAUGUCAAAUGAAUAUACAAGCAGAAGCGCUCAAGGCUGCACGACUCGGUCCGGAGAAACCAAGACCAAUGGGAACACAGCAUGAGCCUUGCUUAAAAGGAACGCGAGAACCGAUUCUUCAAGAGAUUCGCGAAUGGAGGGACGCGAAAACAAUCGAUACACGGAUUUUCUGGUUAUGUGAUAUAGGUGGAUCAGGGAAAUCUACUGUAGCGUACACAAUGUCCCAAGAAUGGCACAAGUCAGCGGACAUUCUGGUUGGGCGAUUCUUCUUUUCGAAGAAUGCGAGGGAUACAGCUGAUACAGAUAUAUUCUGCUCGACACUCUCAAGAGAUAUAGCAUCAAAGCAUCUGGAAAUUGGCUCUACAAUCACGGAUAUCCUUAAAAUCGAUUCUCUUCUGACAGAAAGAGACUUUAACGAACAGUUCUGUAAACUCAUCGUAGAGCCCUUGCGCUCAACUUUACAGGAUAUUGUGUUCGUGAUCGAUGCGGUGGAUGAGUGCAAGCUCGAGUCUCGAAAGAAAAUGCUACGAGUAUUGUUACAAGCACUUGGUUCUCUUCCAACUCUCAAGGUUCUUCUCACCAGCCGUCCUGAGUCAGAUAUCAUGAACCUACUUCGUGAUAAAUCGAUCAUUCGCGGGAUGCAUUUCGAGAUGCAAGGCUCCAGCAACCAAUCUAAUAUAGCCGAUAUCACCUCAUAUGUUGACCAUCACCUAUCCGAUCUCCUGCCCCUCAAGUACAGACAACAGUUAGUGGCGCAAUCGAAUGGACUGUUCAUCUGGGUAUCAACGGCAAGAUUUGAGUUGGAAUUGGCAGCAGAUAACCCGACAGAUUUCAAUUUAACCUUCACAUCCCUCCUAACUAGAGGAACUGGAGGUGAUGUCGACACUCUAUACCUCGGAAUACUCAAUAGGGUACUCAGAGGUCAAUCAAAAGACCUGAUAAGCUGCGUUCUUGCAACCCUGGCCAUUCUAUAUGAGCCGGUCUCCAUCAAUAGUCUAGGGCACUUAAUCAAUGCCAGUGACGAAGAACUCGAACUAGUGCGGGAUUUGAAGCAGGAUAUCUGCGAUAUAGAUGUUCCAGGAGACCCUUUCCCGGACAAUAAGGCGGUUAUAGAUCUGGAUGACCGAUUAUCAGCCCUAUGGCAGUCUUCACCAAGCCUAUUCUACGGCUCGCAAUACUGGGUUUUACACGUUUGUCAAGCGAUACAGAAUGCUACUGUGGUUCGGGACGUGGAGCUCCUUUUAGAGACAAAAGACCUCUUGGGACUCCAAAGAAAUCUCGAAGAGUAUUGGCCCCAUAACAAAGCAAUUGAGGCAAGAAACUUUCAUAACAAUAUCAGGAUCAUUGAAUACUUAUAUCUGAUAUGCAACACCAGACUGAGCCGAAUAUACCGAAAAUCAUUUGAGGCAGAUCUACCGGAUAUACCAUGCGGAUUAGAGGCUCAUUGGCCCCAAAACCGAACUUUAGCUGGACACAGCAGCUAUGUUAGAUUCAUUUCUUUAUCGGUAAAUGGCACUCGAGUCAUAUCCGGAUCUGAUGACGGUACAGUUCUAAUGUGGGAUACGGCCACUGGUGCAAGGCUUGGGGCUCUCUCGAAUAUCCAGGGGCGAAUUAUUCAUCUGGCCUAUUCAUUAGAUGAUUCUCAUGUCAUCAUCGGUACUAAAUCGGGUUAUGUAACAAGAUGGGAUGGGUCCACAAGUGAAAUGGCUAGUAUCGAGUUACAAUGUAACACUGGAAUCAUUGGAGAGAUCAAGUGCCUAUUCUUUUCACCUAAUGAAGCUCGA